CACACACACACAUAAACUCUCGUCUCUUUAUAGUAAUGGCCUCCCACCAACCUUCUGCCGUUCAACCAAGCCCUGUGGCCGUGUCGACGCCGUUCAACGUGAACUCCCCACCUCCGGCCUUAGCCGAUUCGAAAGACGUCGAAACUUUCGACUACUCACAGCGGGCACAAUGGCUUCGAGCUGCCGUGCUCGGGGCCAACGAUGGCCUAGUCUCGGUUGCGUCCCUGAUGCUUGGUGUCGGUGCUGUUAACCAGACGGCCAAGGCCAUGGUCAUCUCGGGCCUCGCCGGCCUCAUCGCCGGGGCCUUUAGCAUGGCCAUAGGCGAGUACGUGUCCGUCUACUCCCAAGUCGACAUCGAGCUCGCUCAGAUGGAAAGGGAAAAGAGAUACGCCGACGUCGAGUCAUCGCCGGAGAAGGAGGAGAAGGAGAAGGAGAAGCUGCCGAGCCCAUUACAGGCAGCAGGAGCAUCGGCGGUGGCCUUCGGCAUCGGGGCAGUGUUGCCGCUGCUGGCCGGCGCAUUUAUCAAUCAGCACUGGGUUAGGAUCGGCGCGGUCUCCGGCGUCUCCACCGUGGCGCUGGCUCUGUUUGGUUGGGCUGGUGCAUUCCUGGGAGGCUCGCCCAUUUACAAGUCAACUGUUAGGGUUGUGGUCGGAGGGUGGGCCGCCAUGCUUGUUACCUUCGGAGUGCUGAAGCUCUUUGGCUUGGUGUUUAAAAUAGAUAUAAGCGGUGCUCACUAGCUUAAAUGUAAGGCGCAUCGCUUUGAAAAACCAAAGGUCUAGCUCUCUCAUUUGGUAUCCUCAUGUAUUAAAAAAAGACUAUGUUCUCUUUUGUAUUUAAGAAUUUUGCCAAGUUGGGGAACGGGAGAACAACUUGUUCCCUUUUUUAGAUGUACUACUGCUCAAAAAUUGCAGUCUA